UUCUCCAUCCUCAGCGCAGGAACACAGGGAAUGAACUUGUCAUGAUACCUGCUUAGUGGGAACAACUCAAUCUGCUCUCUGGAUUACAGUUAACUUGUCCUGGAAAGUUCCAAAAAAAAGGUUGGAUUGUUGGAUUAAAGAGGAAUAUUAAUGAGGAGACGCGUCCUUGGAUGGGAAGCGGGUAAUUAGAGAGUGGAUUACUGAGGAAUCAGAGCGUGUUGUUGUUUAAGAUGCGGAAACAACAGUCCGGGCUGUGAUCCACGCGCUGUGGUGGAGCAGCAGCAGCAUGUCUCCGCUCGGGAUGUCCCACAGAAGACAGCCACAAGUUUUCUGUCUGUGCCUCGGCUGAGUUGGACCUAAGUCAUCAUGUCAAAAGUUAUUCAAAGGAAGAACCACUGGAUUACCAAAGUCAACGAGUGCGCGCUGGUGCGCGACGCGUGCGGGGAGCUGAACGUGGAGCUGCGCGGCGGAGCGGAGCACGGAGAGUUUGCGUACGUCGCGCAGAUUCGCGAGGAUGCUGUGGUUUAUCAGGGGGGUAAACUCAGCGUGGGGGAGCUGCUGCUGGAGGUGGAGGGGCUGCCCGUGUCAGGAUUACCGCUCUAUGACGUUUUAACUGUGAUUCAGUGCUGCAAAGAUCCAGUCUCACUCACAACUGUGCGCCAAGGUCAAAAGCUCAACAAGGACCUGAAGCACUACCUGAGCCUGAGGUUUCAAAAGUCUUCACCUGACCAUGAGCUGCAGAAGACCAUCCGAGCCAACCUGUAUCGCCAUGCUGUGCCUUGUACAACCCGCCGCCCUCGAGACGGAGAGGUCCCAGGGGUUGAUUACAACUUCCUGUCUGUGGAGGACUUUGUAGAACUCGAGGAGAGUGGGACGCUACUGGAAGUAGGAACGUAUGAAGGUAACUAUUAUGGGACCCCCAAGCCACCGCGGCAGCCCAUCAUUGGGACAGUGAUUCUCGGUGAUGCAGGCUCCCAGCGGUCCGCCCCAAAGCGCACCAAGUCCUACCAUGACAUGCAAAACGCCCGCGUAGUGCCUGCUGACGAUGACGAUGACGACCAGGCCACGGAAAUGAACAACAGUUUCACAGGAUCCUUAGUGCGUAGUCUCUUCCCCUCUCCUUUGCUGUGCACAGGUAACCCUAACGAUCAGGACGAGAGCCGCGGCGGCAUCCUCCGGCCGUACCCCGCGCGUGACAAUGCUCCAUCCUGUGGUUUGAACAAUGCGGCCAUUGCCACGGCGGACAGUGGGCAGCAGACGCUCGCAGAGCCGCAGGUCUCUCCUGAAGACCCGCUGGGACCUCUGCCGGAAAACUGGGAGAUGGCCUACACGGAGAACGGAGAACUUUACUUCAUAGACACGGCAAAGACACCCCACCCGGACAUGGCUGUGUAUUUUCAGAGCUUCCACAACACAAAGACCACGUCAUGGAUGGACCCGCGGUGUCGAGACAAAGCGUCCCGGCCUCUGGAAGAGUGCGAUGACGAUGAAGAAGGGAUACAUACAGAAGAACUGGAGAGUGAUUUAGAGCUGCCUCCAGGAUGGGAGAGAAUAGACGACCCAGUGUACGGAGUUUAUUAUGUAGAUCAUAUAAACAGGAAGACGCAGUACGAGAACCCAGUGGUGGAGGCGCGGCGUCGGAAAAUCCUGGAGCAGCAGCAGCCGCCGCAGCCGCAGCCUCCAGAAGGUGAGCGGUAUAUUCGAGAGUGGAUAGAGGAGCACUCCUCAGCAGCAGCUCCUCUGGCAAACUACGCUCCCAACCACCUGGAGACCUACAGGGACCCACAGAUCCCACCUGCUCUACCUCCCGGCCCUGCAGGAGUCAAACGAGGGAAGCCUUUCUUCACAAGAAACCCAGCAGAGCUGAAAGGAACCUUCAUCAACACAAAGCUGAAGAAGAGUCGCCGCGGCUUCGGCUUCACUGUGGUCGGAGGCGACGAGCCAGACGAGUUUCUGCAGAUCAAAAGUUUGGUGCUGGAUGGGCCUGCGGCUGUGGAUGGCAAGAUGGAGACAGGUGAUGUGAUAGUCAGUGUGAAUGACACUAUAGUGCUGGGAUACACCCAUGCUCAGGUGGUGAAGAUCUUCCAAUCCAUCCCAAUUGGCUCCAUGGUGGACCUGGCUUUAUGCCGUGGAUAUCCUCUACCCUUUGACCCCGAUGACCCUAACACAAGCCUGGUGACCUCAGUGGCAAUCCUGGACAAGGAGCCCAUCAUCGUCAACGGUCAGGAGACAUUUGAUUCACCCGCCAACCAGGCAGGACCUGAUAACGGCAUGAGGGAGGCACGGCCACACAGCCCGUCCUCUGAGGUUGCGUCGAACGGUUCGCACGGUUACUCCAGCGACGUGGUCACCCUGGCGUCGUCCAUAGCCACCCAGCCCGAACUGAUCACCAUCCACAUGGAGAAGGGAGACAAAGGAUUUGGCUUCACCAUUGCUGACAGCCUGACGGGCGGAGGGCAGAGGGUCAAGCAGAUAGUGGACUAUCCGCGGUGCCGUGGCCUGAAAGAGGGGGACAUUCUGAUGGAGGUGAACAAGAGGAAUGUCCAAAAUAUGAGCCACAACCAGGUGGUGGACCUGCUGAGCAAAUGUCCAAGAGGCAGUGAGGUCACCAUGCUCGUUCAAAGAGGAGUGGUGCCAGCCAAGAGGAGUCCAAAGCUGGUGCACCAGUUGGAGAGGAAAGACAGCCAGAGCAGCUCCCAGCACAGUGUGUGCAGCCACCGCAGCACCCACACCGACUCUCCCAGUCACCCGCCCUCUGCCAUGCUGAGUGAGGUCGUGGCUCCCACUCCUGCUGCCCCCACCCAGCCGCUGCCGGGCCUGCCCCCCCAGGACCCUGCCGAUGGCACCCUCACCCUCCAGAAGAAGCCGGACCCCUUUAAGAUCUGGGCUCAGUCCAGGAGUAUGUACGAGAGCCGAUUGCCAGAUUCUCAGGAGCAGGACAUUUUUCUCUGGCGGAAGGACACAGGCUUCGGUUUUCGCAUCCUGGGAGGAAAUGAGCCAGGGGAGCCUAUCUACAUAGGGCACAUAGUGAAGUACGGCGCAGCAGAUGAGGACGGGCGCCUGCGGUCGGGCGAUGAGCUCAUCUGUGUAGACGGCACAGCGGUGGUGGGCAAGUCCCACCAGCUGGUUGUGCAGCUGAUGCAGCAGGCUGCCAAACAGGGACAUGUCAACCUCACCGUCAGGCGCAAGACCCCUGGAUUUGGAGGGUCAAAAGGAGAAGGUGACGUUCCUCCAUCGCCGGCCUCCUCCCACCACAGCAGCACCCAGGCUCCCAGCCUGACCGAGGGCAAGCGGACGCCCCAGGGCAGCCAGAACUCGCUCAACACCGUCAGCUCGGGCAGUGGAUCCACCAGCGGCAUAGGCAGCGGUGGCGGAGGUGGCAGCGGAAGUGCGGUGGUGCCCGCCUCCCUGCAGCCGUACGACGUGGAGAUCCAGCGCGGAGAGAACGAGGGCUUCGGGUUCGUCAUCGUGUCGUCCGUGUCCAGGCCUGACGCCGGCACCACAUUCACUGGAAAUGCUUGUGUGGCAAUGCCCCACAAAAUAGGUCGCAUCAUCGAGGGCAGCCCGGCAGACCGAUGUGGGAAGCUGAAAGUCGGGGACCGAAUAUUGGCCGUCAACGGAUGCUCCAUCCCCAAUAAGUCGCACUCGGACAUCGUGAACCUGAUCAAGGAGGCUGGGAACACAGUCUCGCUCAGGAUCAUCCCCGGUGAUGAAUCUUCCAACGCUUCUCUGCUGACCAACGCCGAGAAGAUCGCUACCAUCACCACCACGCACACACCUCAGUCGACAGAGUUGCGGAAUAACUCAAAGUCUAAAGGAGCCCCUCCUCCUCCUCCCUCACAAAUGCAGACACAGGAUGCCGAGUUCUACUCUGUGGACCUCGAGCGGGACAGCAAAGGUUUUGGCUUCAGCCUGAGGGGAGGGCGGGAAUACAGCAUGGACCUGUACGUGUUGAGACUAGCCGAGGACGGGGCUGCUGUCAGAAACGGCAAGAUGAGGGUGGGAGAUGAGAUCCUGGAGAUAAACGGUGAGAGCACAAAAAACAUGAAGCAUUCGCGCGCCAUCGAACUGAUCAAGAACGGCGGUCGGAGAGCGCGGCUCGUCCUCAAGCGGGGAGAUGGAUCCGUACCUGAGUAUGACGGCAGCAAUGACGGGCACCCUCCCACACCCGGGGCACAAAACACUCCGGAAGUGAGAACGCUGCCAUCCAACAGCCGAUAUCACACCUCAUUGGAGUCCAGUUAUCCACCAGACCUUCACAAAUCAUCACGCCAGGAGGAGGCUGUGCGUGGCCGAGACGGGGACAGGAACAGGGACAGGGCUGGGUCAGAUCAGAUGGACUACCAAGGCCGGCAAUUUAACCCCAACCAUCAUCACACCUGGAAUAACAAUCACAGUAAAAGUUCCCCGCGACAACAGUCUCCAGACAACAGUAACAGCAAUAGUAGUGGCAACAAGAAGAGCCGAGGCCGCAAAGUCAAAAAGUCUGACUCGGAGAGCGGCAUCUCUAAACUCCUAAAGACUCUGAGGAAAGACAGCUCGGGGAAGAAGGCUGCCGCUGCUGAGAAACUGAGGGGACGAGAGCUCUCCAGCAGCAGCUCUACUUUGGACGGGAGGUCCCGGCUGCAGCGCCGCGGCUCCCUUGACCGCUCACCAACCCGGAAACGUGCCUCGUCUCCCGAUCGUCGGCGGGCCAAGUCGAUGGACCGCAGGGCCGAGCGAGCACAGCGGGACCGCACACCUGAGAGGGAGAACGACGACGGAGGGUUCCUCGCGGUCACUCCCGAGCGCAAGUUAUACGAGCGGAGGCUCCUCAAGGACUCACAGAUGGCUGGGCGGAUGAGCGAGGCCACGACCCCCGAGCGCAGCAACAACUACGGAGACACGUCAUCUCUUUCCAUGGGUCGCACACAUGACAGAACCACAAAGAAUGGCAACCUCUUGAGCGACUCCUCCUCAGAGCGGAGGGAGGAGAGACUUCCGAUGAAUGGGACGCCGGAUAGACGAUACAAAAUGGAGCGGGACUCUUCCCCCGACAGCACCUACAGCAGGGAGGAGCUGAACUAUGCAGCAGCACCCAGACUGAAGGACUACUACAGCAUGAUGAAGAACAACGCUCCGCACAACAACGCUGCCUUCAACAACGCAGGCCACAACAAUAACGCAGCAGCAGGCCACAGCCCGAGCCAGCUCCCUGAGCCCAAGAGAAGGCUGUACAAAGAAAGCUCCAAAGACCUCAGCAUCUAGAGCAGAGCAGAGACCCCCACCCCCACCCCCCCACUCUCUCCUCUAUCUGUGCAAACUAUGUACCAUACACUGGAAUUGUACUUCUGAGGAUACUGACUCUUGUGCUUUAUUCGGUUGACUGAUCUAAUGAUUCAUUUGAUUGACUUAACGAUUUGUGAUUCCAUCCAGAGAUUCAUAAAAACAGCAGGAGUACAAUCCUUCUCUCCGCUCAUACAGGUUGAUUUGUCAUCGUUCCGAUUACUUUGAACAUAACAGGUUGUUGUACUAUAGUAAAGGUAUUGUAUGUGCCUGCAUAUGAAAUCAGUGAUAUUGCUUUUUUUGUAGGCAUUGCUGAAUCUAAAUAUUUUGUUCCCUCAGAGGUAUGAAACAUGCUUCCAGUUGUGGUAACUUCUAACGACUAAACUUGUUUUCAACUCGUUAUGUGGAUAUUUUUUUCCCAUUCCUGAAUCGCUUUACUGAACAAACUAUAGCACAAGACACUGGUGGCUCACAAGAGCUGUGAAAAUCUCGUUGGACUUGAGGCAAAAUGUCAAAAAAAGAAAAGAAAAAAAGAAUUAAGAUCUGAUGGUUAAAUCUAGGAGUAAUAAUUAUAUAAGUAAUAUAUUACUUUCUUUUUGCUCACUAUUUAUUUUUUAAAUUGGCACAUAUCUCAAGCAAGCGUCGUUGAACGUUUAAGGACCAAGGUAGAAGUGUACACUGUACCUGGGAAAGCAUGCUGUAUGUUUACUUGUGUUGCAUCCAUGAAUUGUGUGGCAGCUCACCGCUCUUUGCCUAAAUACACCAACACAGAAAACUAGUCAACUGAUACGAAAACUGGCACUGGUAUCAUUCGUUUCCACCAUAGACCGUAUAUGUGGACGUAGGCUCCACUGGUUGCAAAAAUAACUCUGUUUCAAGUUUCAAGAACCUUUAUUAUCCCCUAGGGGCAAUUAGUUUUCACAGCCAGUAGAAACAAACACAGCAGAUCACAAAAGGUCAUAGAAAGAAAGGUCUAUGGGAAAAUUAGCUGCUUUUUCUCAUUUUCCUGGUUGAGUCAAUGUUCUCAAUCACUAAUUUUAGGUCUUCUUCAAUAGAAUGUGAUGUCAGUGUUGUAAGUUAUGUUUCCAUUUUGAUUUAAACGGAUGAAAAACACCAUGGACGCCAUGUAAUAGACACUUUGUACCGUCCAGUAGAUGCUCGGUUGCAGGUGACGACUCUGACAUGGUGCUAACCUUAAGGCUUCAAAACGGGUUUGUUUUGCAAGCAAAGGACUACACCCACAUUUUAUAUAUGGUCUAUGAUCACUACCAAUGAUACCAUUUUACUACUUGCUUGGAGUAGGAUUAUAAAAAUCUUUAUUCAGUGUGUACUGAUGUAGGAGGUAGAGGGACUUGACUGGCAUUCAGCUACACACAUUACUGUUCUGGUAGAGUCUCAGUUGUGGGGAAAUGAGUUUUUUGCUCAUCUAAAUGAAGUACUUGAGUCUGGAUUGAGUCUGCAUUAUGCCACGACACCAGCUUGAAGCUGCCAUAAUGUAAUUUUUUCAAAAAUCGGAAAAAGAAAAGAAAAACGAUUUAAAGCCUCUUCACACCUAUAGUCCACCAGCACAGGUAUUUUCACCUUAGGCCUUUUCUUGGGACUGGGGUGAAGGUGUGGACACAUUUGGGUUUGACAGCACAGCUCCACUUGUUAAAAGGUCCAGUCUGUUAGAAUUAGUGACAUCUAAUGGUGAGACUGUAGAUAGCAACAAGCGGAGGACUCCUCCGCUCUCCCCUCCCUUUCCCAAGCACAUCAGGGAACUACGGUGGCCUUCACAUACCAGAAAGGAUGUAAACACUCUUUUCAUAACUCUCAGCUCUUCUGUCAUUUCCUUUGUCUUCAUUGGUUUAUUUAGGUGGAGCCGUUCUUCCUUCUUUCCGUGAUAGGUUUCUGCUUUAAAACAGGAAAAGCACACGCUGGCUGAUUUGUCUGUUCUGGCUGUUAUAGAAACAUAUCAGUGUAAGAUGGCAGACUUUUGUAAAACAAGACCCAAGUACAUAUAAAAGUCUCAUUCUGAGGCCUAGUCCAUACAAUGGUGGAUAUUUUUGAAAAUGUAGCUGUAAACAGUCUCUGAAAAGGCACAUUUGGGAAAACUCCUCCCAGGUUGAAGGUUUUCAUAAUCUCCAUUUACUCCAGUUGUAAUGUUACGGUGUCUCUUCUGUCAGUGCUGCGAUGUCAUCACAUUUGUUUACAUGAGGCAAGUUAUGUAGUGGCAUCUGAAAUGGCCGGACCUCUGCUAGUGUUUGCAUUGCUUAAUAGACUUUCUAGCUUUCAAGCUAUCAGUCCAAACAAACAAUUCUCCUUUUCCUGCAGCGCGCCAUUGUUGUUUACCUAGUGGAACAGGUGGUGAUACUUUCUCUUCUCUCUUCUGAUUGACCAACAAGGCUUUACAGUCACAGUUAUAUCACCGCCUGUUGACUCGGCUUGUUUUUGACAGGACCUAACGUUGGGUUUUUGUGUUUACACGUGUGGAGGAAAUAGGUUUUUUUUUUUAAACUGCGGGAGGAAAUCUUUGUGUGGACUAGGCCUAAAACAAUGAACCAAAAACAAAUGAGAUUAUAGAUUAAUACUGGGGCUGUCACUUAUUCUUCGAAAUUCUACAUGAAGUUCACAUAUGAACUGUAGCUACCUGCUGAAAAUGUAUGCAGCCAUCUCAUAAGCACCUAGUUAAGUAGUACGCCUUAGAAUCCAGCAGAGGGCACACAUCUGGUUUUACUUGUCAUGUCAUAUGACGGUGUCAGCAGCAGCAGCGACAGCAUGUUGGAGUUGCAAGCCUACUUGUACUAACUCUCUCUGCAAAUGGCAAGCAACCCCAGGCUUUGGUGGAGAGACAUGGUGUCCACUGAAUAACCGCAUAUAAUCUAACUUGACACUCUCUGUAAAAUGGUUCAUAAAAGUCUGCGUGUACCAGGAUUCUGUAAUAUUAUAAAUAAAAAGAGUGCCGCACUCGAUCGAAAAUCCGGUUGACAGAUUUGUGUUUUUGGCAAAUGAUAGUAAUGAAUAGAAAUGUAGUUGGGUCUUGAUAAUUCAAGUUUAGUCAAAAGCUGUUGUCAGUGAUUUCCCGUUAAGGGAGUGUUAGUGUUUAUUCCGCACUACUCUGAUGAGUGCUGUAUAUUAUGAAUACCAACAGCACUGUUAAUCAAGUAACAAUUAUUAAAAUUGUCAAUAAAGUAAUGACAGUUGUGACGUUUGUGGUGUAAUAGGCGAGCGAUGGUGGCGGCUCAUGGAAGUAUGAAGUACAGAUCAUUAUAAAUUCGAACAUUUAUUUUUGGAAAAGGUGACGGACCUAACUUGUACUUACAUGAUGGGGUAGUAUAUUAAAUUUCUCCCAAUAAAUCGUCCUAAAUGUUACAAACUGGAUUCUUGUUGUAGCACCUGUUUGGGUGGGAUGACUUGUUGAAGUGUUGUGACAUCACUCUCGUUAGUACUUUCGACUUUUGUGACAUCACGAGUGCCCACAAUAGUUCAAUUCCAAACCAGAACAGGUCUAAUAAGCUUGAGUAACUAAAUGAAAACCACUUUGUGGGUGUGCAGAGGCUUUAAAGUCAAACCAAUGUGUAAAUUACCCCUGUGCAAGCUGCAUGUGUAAAUUGAACUGUAGUUUAACCACGUUAUCUGAUAAGUCUGAGUGAGAAUAAAUGGAAAAAGGAAAAUGCACUGUAAUCCCACAGUAACUGUUAACCCUGUUCUCAUGUUGAUGAUUUGUGCACCGACCACCUCCUGGGUUCUGACACAGAAUUGAUGUAUUUCUUUGUGUUGGUCUAACAUAUGGAGAGUCCUGGUACAGGAGGCGACCAAUCUGCCAUGCUGAGCCAUGCCGUCAUCCCACUGGAGUCUAACUGCUGCUUUAUAAUGUGUUUUGUGUGUAUUCUCUGUUUUAUGUUUCAUUAAAAUGAACUAAAAUAUAUUGGAUAAACCACAACAAAUGCAUUGUUUGAUCACUGUUGUUGCCAUGGUACUGUAUUUAACAAAAAAAAGACUUAGAAAAAAAAGAGAAAUACAUUUAAGAAAUGAAUCUGUUGUCCAUCAACAGGAGAUAAAUUAACUAUUAGGAACCCGUAAAUAAAAUGAAAUGUUGCCUUUUUCUUGUACAAAAGAGAAAUUUAUGAAGAACCUCAGCAGUGAGGAAUGUGAUAUUGUGUUUAUAUCUCUGAAAUGGACCUGAUGAUUUAUGGGAAAUGUGUUGAUUGACUCUGGAUCAGGUAUGUAAAGACAUUGAAAAAAAAAAAAAAAAGAAGAAGAAAGACUUGUCUUUGGAUCUCUCUCGAUGGUUAGCCUGCCUUUGUAUUAUAAAGCACUUGUAUGCAGUCUGUGUUCUUCAAGCAUUAUUUCUUGCAAUGUGCUCCGGACAUAAAGCUGUCUCUGUGUUGAUAAAAAGCAGUACAUGUAUAUGGGCCAAUCUUUUUUUUUUGUUUUUUUUUUUUUUUUUAUAAAACUAUGCAUAUACAGUAUAAAUACUACAUUGUUCAUAGCUUUAUUUGACUCAUGAAGCUAUACAUAACAUUAGUCUAAGUACAAGUAGAUGUGGACUUAUCCAGCUUCUUUUCCUUGAGAUGGAUUACAAUGUAUAUGUAGCUAUCAAAAGAAGUCUGUGAAUGCUAUUUUUAUUAUCAAAUAAAGUUUUCCAUACAAAUUCAAAA